AUGUGCCAUGGCGGUACCAGAUGGACGAAGACCUUGUCCACGGUGCUCCUGGGAACUCGUUCAGCCUGGAAAGAGGACAUCCAAGGAACAGCAGCAGAACUAGUGUACGGCCAGUCUCUACGCCUGCCUGGAGAGUUCCUAGCCCGACAACAUCUAGACCAAGCCGCUGAAGACGCUGCAGAGUUUGUGAAGUCGCUCCGUCAAGUAAUGAGACACUUACGACCCAGUGACGGGUCGCGACACAAUAACCAAAAAAUUUUUGUCUUCAAAGACCUCGCUACCACAGACCAAGUUUUUGUACGCCGAGACAUCUCGAAGCGGAUCCUGCAACAGCCUUACGACGGACCAUAUAAAGUCCUAAAGCGGAAUGAGAAGACGUUUGUCGUCCACAUCAACGGACGUGAUACUACCGUAUCAGUUGAUAGACUGAAGCCAGCCUACAUCGCGUCCGAGGAAACAACCAACCAGGGUGGUCCUCUCAAUAUCCAGGAAGAUAAGGUCAUCAGGAACGUCAGGACCACAAGAGCAGGCAGACGUGUCCGAUUCCCAGAUCUACUGCAGGGCGGAUUCAAUUAA